AUGUCUUGGAGGUGCUGUGUUUCUGGUUGUGGUUCCGAAGGAGCAGGCCAUGUAAGAAUUCUUUUCGAUAACUCUCACCCGGACUGGGCACCUUCACUACACGUCAGAAAUUCUUAUUUUGACAGGGUUGUACAGAGAAACAUUAGUCGACAUUCCAGAAGGCUUGAAAGGGAAUCAAGAACAUUGGAACAGAUCAAUGCUGUCGUAAACAAUGGAAAGAGUGCCGCCAAUAGACAAGAUAAUGAUGUGCCCAAUGCAGUGGUAAACAACGAACAUGAUCAUAAUGAAAUACCUCUAGUGUCUGAUAUGUUGGAAAGUGGAAGCAAUGAUUUUGCAUCUGAACAAGUUCCUAAUUUUUUCGGUGUAGAAAUCAGCGAUGAAUGUAACAACGGUGUUGAAAACCAACAUGAAGCUACUGGAGUCUACAAAAUAUUGGAACUGAUGACAACCCUAGCGGAGUUUUGUCGGGUCGGAUCCCGUGUUGAACCAGUGUGCUUCACCCGUGUGAAGUGUGACACUGGUGAAACACACUGUUAUUUUGCACCGGUAUUGUUCUAG